UGCGCUGAUAAACAGUUUGCUCUUUCGCUGUCUCUUGUCUUACCGUUACUAUGCCAUUUGUUCCGUACAUUUGGAUGUCUACAGAGCACCAUAUCCUAAGAUAAAGCGUUGUCCUGACAAAUAUCCUCGUGAAAAUGCAUUUGUUAGACUAGCGUAGUUGGUGUAUUUUGCUCAAGAACCCAAGUUAUCUCACAACAGACGCAACACCUUUGCGCGCUUCAGGUGCGGUUUACCUAAGUGACUGACGCCCCUUUGGCAACAACUUGGGUUUGGUAUUGCGCAUGUGAUCAUAACUUGCAUCACUUGACCUGUCAGGCGCGCGCUGACAGUCAGAAGAUUUGCCUUUUUGGCAAUUUCCUUCCUUCUUCCGCUCAUGCGAACCAAACUAAUAAACCUGGAGUAGUCUUUGCCCUCAGUCAGUCUGGCUCGACUGGGGACCAGACAACAUCAUUGAAGUUCAUUAUUAGGUUUGCAAUGCAAGUUGCUAUUAUGUGUCUGUUACUUUGCGCCUUCCUCGUCUUGAGUUCUUGUAGUGCUCAUGUUUUAGCAUUGAAGCCGCAUCUGUUCAAGCACAGAGUAUCACGUCCUGCAGAUGUUGACAUCGUUUACAAAACCUACUACUUGGACCAAAAGAUCGACCAUUUUGGAUUCCUGGAGAAUGGCACUUUCAAGCAGAGGUACCUUGUCGCCGACCAGCACUGGCACAACGAGGGUGGACCCAUCCUCUUCUACACGGGCAAUGAAGGAGACAUCGCAUGGUUCUGUAAUAACACUGGAUUCAUGUGGGAUGUGGCUGAGGAACUGGGCGCCAUGUUGGUGUUUGCUGAGCACCGCUACUAUGGAGAAUCCAUGCCGUUUGGGGCCGAGUCUUACAGCGAUGCCAAGCACCUGAACUACCUGAGCUCAGAACAGGCCUUGGCAGACUUUGCGGUGCUGAUCCGGUAUUUAAAGGAGAGCUGGCCUGCUACUCGCCGCAGUGCUGUCAUUGCCAUCGGGGGCUCUUAUGGGGGCAUGCUGGCGGCCUGGUUCAGGAUGAAGUAUCCACAUGUUGUGGCAGGGGCCCUGGCUGCCUCCGCUCCCAUUUGGCAGUUCCCGGGCAUGGUGGACUGCGGCGUCUUCUACAAAAUCGUGACGGACGAUUUCAGCCGAGCCGGGAAGCGCUGCAGCUCCAGCAUCAGGUCCUCGUGGAAAGCCAUUGACAAAAUGGCCUCUACUGACAAGGGUCUUCAGUGGCUUUCCAGUGAAUUCAGCCUGUGUGCACCGCUCACAAAGGGCUCGGACUUGAAGAGUUGGCUGCAGGAGACGUGGGUGAACUUGGCCAUGGUAGACUACCCUUACAAAGCCAACUUCCUGCAGCCGCUACCAGCAUGGCCAAUAAAGGUGGUGUGUCAGAAUCUGCAGUUCAGCCCUGACGUGCCAGAGGAGAAGCUCCUCCACGGCGUUGCCGAGGCAGCAAAGGUCUACUACAACUACACCGGCGACGCCUCCUGCCUCAACAUCUCGCAGUCUGCCACUGGUAACCUGGGCAUGAUGGGCUGGUUCUAUCAGGCCUGUACGGAGAUGGUGAUGCCCAUGUGUACGGACGGUGUGCAGGACAUGUUUGAGCCUCUAGGAUGGAGCUUCCAGGCCUUCUCGGACGAGUGCUUCUCCAUGUUUGGCGUGCGGCCGAGGCCUGACUGGGCCGAGGUGAUGUACGGUGGGAAGGCCAUCGGCGCUCACAGCAACAUCAUUUUCAGUAACGGAGGUUUGGACCCGUGGUCUGGUGGAGGUGUUCUGCAGAGCUUGUCCGACUCCCUGGUGGCCAUCUGGAUCCCUGAGGGGGCGCAUCACCUGGACCUGCGCUACAACAAUGAGUACGACCCCCACUCCGUCCUGCAGGCACGCCAACAGGAAGUGGCUCUUAUCAAGCAGUGGGUUAAGCAGUGGGGCGCACAAGACCACGUCGAACUCUGACCACGACCAUGUGAAUAGCUACUUGCUACUACUGAGGAAAUGAAUCAAGGGUUACGUUUCUCGUCAGCAUCCUUGCUAACUAAGUUGGCAACUAUUCUAACUAUUUCUUACAGUACAAGGUUAGCAACUUACUUGUUUGCUAUGUAAUUUCCCAUUGGCAACCUAGUAAGUUGCUAUGGGGUUAGCAAUGGCGCUUUCGAGAAACGGCGUCCUGACUGGGUGAGGAAGUGAAAAGAAUUAAAAAAAAAAGAAAUCAGGCACAAACUUGAAAAAAGCAAAACAAUGUCAUUGCAGCUUUAUUGUCAGCAUCUUUCAGUGGCAGACCAACCGUAUUGCGAAAGUAAAAGGUCUUACAGUACAUAUUUCUUCUGACUGCUCUCUCAACAUGGGUGGUUUGAUUUAUUGUAUGGUCUACAUAGGGCUCAGAACUGGCUAUAACAAAUGCUAUCAGGAAUUGUCAGGAUUUUUCCCUUUCUGAAUCUGUGAAGUCUAUCUCUGGUUACUGACCAAGCAAACAAGCAGAAAAAAAACAACUUGCAAAAAAUGGGAAAUUGGUUUCUCCAUGAUGAUCAUAUGUUUACCUCAGUUAAUGCAGCUUAAAACCUCUUUUUUUUCCUUCCGCGGCACAAUCAAAGACUUAGCCAAAAAUGUGCUUGCAGCUUUACACUAUUGUCAGUGUGUUUAGUACUAAAGAGCAAUGCAGCUUUGGAUUGGAAUGGAACAUCAAAAAGGUGAUAUAAUGAAGGAAUUGCAUUGUUCUAGAAAUAUUUUUAGGAUACCAAAUACGAAGUUUGCUUGAACAUCCCUUUUCAAAACUGGUGGAAUGGUAGCCAUGUAAACUACACCAACCCUACCAGCAAUUUUCUUUCUCUCGCUUGCCAGGCUAGUGCAGUGGUUUUCCACCUUUUUUGAGCAAAUGCCCCCUUGACCUCAUCAUAAGCCUGCCAAUGCCCCCUUGACCUCAUCAUAAGCCUGCCUUGACCUCAUCAUAAGCCUGCCAACGCCCCCUUGACCUCAUCAUAAGCCUGCCAACGCCACCCUUAGUAUUAAAAAAUAAAAUCGUCUAAUGACCGCAUUGGCAUCUUUGCGCCCCUAGUCUCAGCCGCUUCCCUCUCAGUGACCACCCUCCACAAUAGGCAUGCUGUAGUCACUUAUGAUAUACUAUAGUGAGUACUACCCCACACUACCGCCUGUUCAGAGAUAUACCUAUUCUUCAUUUUCAUUUCCGCAGAUUCUGAGCAACUGCUUACAGGACUAUGCUCCUUACAGGACUAUGACCCUAUGAUGCCAAAUGCUCAUAGUGUUUUAAGACCAAGGGAAAGAAACCCAUUACCCAAUCUAACCUGUUCACUUGUGGUUUUCUGAAGAAUCUGAACUUGAUAUUGGAGCGGGGGCUAGAGAUUGCACUUAAAUGUACACACUUUGUUGUCUCCCAGUUGUCAAGAAGUGGUGGUAUAAUGCAGUGAGUACCUCAAUAUUUCCCACUUCUCACCUCUUUAGGGGUAUUUUUCAUCUUCUAUUACACAGAUACUUGGAGAUACUAUAAACGAUCGCCUAGCCAUUCGUCAGGUGACUCGGAGCGCAGAGUUUUUUGUUGUAUCGCAGCACAACUGUUAUCAAUAGAUGAGUAAUAGAUCAUGAUGAUGGUAUCAUAUUGUGUAGUGUUGGGGCUACCACUCCAAUUUAAUCGGAUGUCUUGGCAGAAGGGUAAAGCUAAUUCUUUAAGGUACUAUCAGUGAUUUUUAAGUGUCUUAGAAAUACACAAUACCUAUUUCUCAACAGACUCGUAUCCUCUUAUCGUCUGCUACUUCGCCAUCCAUGUUUUUUUUUAUCUUGAGCAACACAAACGCAGCGAACUAGAACGAUUUUGUUUCUCAGUUCUCAGAGAGGAUAGGAGGUAGUGGUUAGUCAACACUUUUGAGCAAAAGAGACUACUGGCACUUUGAAUUUAGAACUAAAGUAAAAGCACACAAACAAACAACAUCUGCGACCAAGGUCAUCGAUGACCUCUUUGUGUGGACCGUUGGGUGAUUUGCUAUGAAAGCAUCAUAAGUGUUUUUCUGUGCCUUAAUAUAUGCUGAAGCCUCUUAAAUGGAAAUUUUGGAAACUGUGAUGUUUUACAUCUGGGGACAGUAUUAUGUAGAGUAUUUAUAUUACCAAUUACAAAGCCAAAUGCCUCUGUGUGUUUGAGAUUUAGCAGACCAUCUGUAUGUUAAUAAGCCAUAGACGUACUCUUCUGUUUUCCUGGGUUGUGUUUCUCGAAAGAGUAGUUGUUAUCCGGUUAGCAACUUGGGUAGGUGCCAAUGAGUAAUUGAAUUGCAACCAACAAAGAUAAUGUAGUUUGUUUGUUUUGUAGUUAGUUUUGGGAAAUUCCCCCAGAUUGCAGCUUUGCUCUCAGUAAAUAUGGGUUCAGAACAAUCUGUUUCAAGUUGCAGCUUCGCACAGAAACACCUGUUGACUACUUUUCAAUGUGAACUUUUCACACACCGCACUCCAUUCAAAUUACUUGAAAAUUAUGUGUGAUUCUUUUCUCUAAGGGCUGGACCCAAAUGUCACCAAAGCAGAUUGUGUGGUUCACUAGCUUUUUUUUUGUUCAGCACAGUGCGUUUUAACACUGAAUUGUUUUUUGUUUUUUUAACGUGGCGCUUUAGCCUUUCAUUGUAUUAAUAAUUGACUGUCACUCACGCUGGUGACUUCCCGUAAUCAUGUGGUGUACCAAAAUGUCAAGAGUGACUUAACUCUCUCUGUGUCUCCCUCAUUCUUGUUCUCGUUCUCGUUCUCGUUCUCGUUCUCGUUCUCUCUCUCUCUCUCUCUCUCUCUCUCUCUCUCUCUCUCUCUCUCUCUCUCUCUCUCUCUCUCUCUCUCUCUCUCUCUCUCCCUCUCUCUUCCUCUCUGUGUUUCAUUGUUGCUGGAAGGAAUAAAAAGGCUUUCCUAUUUUUA